CAAACGAGCUGUCAAGGAAGCGUCAGCUUAUUAGGCGAGGGCUGCGUGAUUCCAGAACAGGGUCUAACCUAUAAAAAUCACACAGCCAGACUCUGAUUAGGACACCAGCGGAUCACCAGGACAGGCAGGAGACGUUAGGUACACAUCCCAAGAAGGAAAGAGAGAAAAAGUGGGCACCGACCACUGACUGACUCUACUUCUCCCAGACUACUCCACCGAUACCUCUUAAGAUCUGGCCGUCCUGAAUCAUGAAGAUCCAGCUGCUUGUCUCUACCGGGAUCUUAUUGGUUGCUCUCCAGCCCUGCCAUGAGUGCAGAACCCUCAGCAAGAGUGGCCCGGCCGCUCCCGCCGCCAGUAGCGCUCUGCAGCAGUUAGAUUUCCAAGAACAACCCCAAUCGCUUCCCAUAUUGCUCCGCAUGGGAGAAGAAUAUUUCCUGCGCUUGGGCAGCCUUCGCAAGAACCCCGCCGCCGCCGCUGCUGCCGCCGGCGGAUCCUUCUCCACCACUACCAGCACGAGCACCAGCAGCAGCCACCUAGCUACGUCCUCGUCAGCGGGCAACUUUUUCCGAGCCGUUGUCGAACAGCUGCAGCAGCUGCAGCACUUCCAGGAACGCUCGUUAGAAGGCGCCACCGACUCCUGGGGCGGCGAAGACGACGGCGCCCACCUAGAGGCCACGGAGAAGGAGAAACGAUCCGAAGAGCCGCCGAUCUCCUUGGAUCUGACUUUCCAUCUCCUCCGAGAAGUCUUGGAGAUGGCCCGAGCGGAGCAGUUGGCGCAGCAGGCUCACAGCAACAGGAAACUGAUGGAAAUCAUCGGGAAAUGAAGCGCUCUCCUUUGCCUGGCCCCGACCAAAGAGCUCCUCCAGUUAGCACACCCCGUAGACCUAGAUCUACUUACGCCGCUCCUUCGCGCCGUCCCCCUUCCCUCCUCGUUCUUUUCCUUCGAAAGCUUUCUCGAAGUAGCCUUGCAUAGCAUGUCCGGCGUCUUACCCAAGUGUCGUCGUUUGUAACUUCUUUUUCUUUUCUCAGCCGCCCUGUCCCAGGCAAGAUUCAGGCUAGGCCUUUCAGGGCGGGGUCCGUUGGUCUGGCCAUCGGAAGCAGGCGAAGGGCGAGA